AUGGCUUUAUCGGAAAAGAAAGAAGAAGCAGAAGCGAAGCUAAGCGGUGUCGUUUCAAUGAAGAACAUUACUGGCUUCGGAGAAACUGAUGUCAAAUUUUGGGUGGACAAAUGGGUGAAGCUUGGAGUGUUUACGUCUGACGCCUUACUUGAGAAUUUUAUGGACUUGGGAAUGUUUAACAAAGAUUUUAUGGAUGAGGAAUUCUUAGAUUUAAGCGAAUUUGAAGAGGAUGCCAUCACAUGA